AUGGACACCGUCUUAUUCUUCCCCUUCAUUUUCCAAAGAAAUAGCCGAUGGAAAAGAUUUUUCAUCAAUGUGCUGUGUUUUCUAGUCGUGCUCCUUCUCUUUGCACAGCCAACAACAUCUUCUAGCUUCUGUAAGCCUGCUAAAUGCGGCAGUUCGGGGCCGCCAAUUCGGUUUCCGUUCAGACUGAAAGGUCGGCAGUCGGUGCACUGCGGCUAUCUAGGUUUCGACCUAUCCUGCAACAAUCAAAAUCAGACAGUCUUAAACCUCCCACAAUCUGGUGAAUUUAUACUAGACCACAUAGAUUACACCGAACAGGCCAUAUCCAUCAAGGAUCCUGAUCUUUGUCUUCCUAAAAGAAUCCUAAAUUUCAACCUGUCGGGAUCACCUUUUCAUGCAUCUUAUACAAGAAACUACACUUUCCUAAACUGUUCUUCUGACUGGAAUGAUAAUGCUUCUUUUCAGUUUGUGCCAUUGUUGUGCCUUAGUGGGAAAAAUCACUCGGUUUUUGCCAUGAAUUUGAAUUCAUCUGAUCAAGGCGUGCCAGCUACCUGUCGAAGAAUUAUGAACGUUUCGAUUCCACAAUACCAACAGUUUGUGGAGCUCCGCCUGAUAUGGAACGAACCUGGAUGCGAGGACUGUGAAUCUCGGGGUGGAAUGUGUGGUUUCAAGAGUGAAAAUGGAUCUGAUAUCGGGUGCUCGAGUCCUCCUAAUAGUGUCGUGCUCCUUCUCUUUGCACAGCCAACAAUAUCUUCUAGCUUCUGUAAGCCUGCUAAAUGCGGCAGUUCGGGGCCGCCAAUUCGGUUUCCGUUCAGACUGAAAGGUCGGCAGUCGGUGCACUGCGGCUAUCUAGGUUUCGACCUAUCCUGCAACAAUCAAAAUCAGACAGUCUUAAACCUCCCACAAUCUGGUGAAUUUAUACUAGACCACAUAGAUUACAUCGAACAGGCCAUAUCCAUCAAGGAUCCUGAUCUUUGUCUUCCUAAAAGAAUCCUAAAUUUCAACCUGUCGGGAUCACCUUUUCAUGCAUCUUAUACAAGAAACUACACUUUCCUAAACUGUUCUUCUGACUGGAAUGAUAAUGCUUCUUUUCAGUUUGUGCCAUUGUUGUGCCUUAGUGGGAAAAAUCACUCGGUUUUUGCCAUGAAUUUGAAUUCAUCUGAUCAAGGCGUGCCAGCUACCUGUCGAAGAAUUAUGAACGUUUCGAUUCCACAAUUCAUUCUCAACAAAUCACUAGGAUUUCAUUAUAUAUCGUUUGCACUAUAUAUGGAGGGAUUUAUCGUGACAUCAUUCGCUAGCAUGGGAGCAUCGUCGGGGAAAAUGUCUUAUCUGGAGGCUGCCUACUUGGGAUGGAAGUGA